AAGUACACCUUGAACAAUGGCAGCGAAGACUCAGGCCUCUUACCUUGUUGCUGCAUUCGACUUUGGGACCACGUACAGCGGUUAUGCGUUUUCCUUUCAAGAUGACCCGCUCAAAGUUCAGACCAACCAGACUUGGUAUUCCGGAGGAACAGGGAAAAUGAUCUCUCUCAAGACGCCGACAAGCGUGCUUCUUAAUCCAGAGGGCGAGUUUGAUUCUUUUGGUUUUGAAGCUGUAGACAACUAUGCGAGUAAAACGGAAGAUGACGAACACGAAGGGUGGCGAUUGUUCCGGCGUUUUAAGAUGGUUUUACACAACAACAAGGCGCUUUCAAGGACGACAACUGUGGAGGAUAUAGAAGGCAACUCACAUCAAGCCCUACCAAUCUUCGCUAUGGCGAUCAAGUUUCUACAAAAGCAUCUCCUACAGGUGGUAGCAAACCAGACUGUUGGUGUAGUAGAAAAGGACAUUUACUACGUCAUCACUGUUCCGGCUAUAUGGGAUGACAAUGCCAAAAAGUUCAUGAGAACGGCUGCCGAAGAGGCUGGUCUCGAUGAAAACCGAAUAACACUUGCUCUCGAACCGGAAGCAGCCUCAAUCUGGUGUGAGACACUCGAUGUUGACACAAAGGCUGCGCUGGCUGGGACCGGAACGCAGUAUAUGGUCAUUGAUUUAGGAGGUGGCACCGCAGAUAUUUCUAUCCAUAAGAAAUCACAGGGCGGCACUCUAAAGGAAAUACAUCAGCCGACCGGUGGACCAUGGGGCGGCACCUAUGUUGACGCAAACUAUCUCAAAUUCUUGGAACACAUUUUUGGAGAGAAAGCUAUAACUGCAUUAAAGACCGAAGAAAUGGCCGACUUCUUUGACGUCAUCAGGGAAUUUGAAACAAAAAAAGUUACGUUUAGCAAACAGACAAAAGGCAAAUUUACGUUUAAAAUAUCUGCAACCACUAGAAAGCUUUGCGAGAAGUUUACAGGACAAAAUCUGGAGCAGAGGAUAUGCAGCCUUGGAUAUGGCGAUUCAGUUAUCGUGAAAGGUGGAGACAAGUUGCGCGUUGAGCCUGACAUCGUUCGUACUUGGUUUGACGGCACUAUAUAUAAUCUUAUUGGUCACGUAAGGAGCCUUCUCAGGGAGCCCGCGCUGAGAGGAGUGCAGACCAUUGUGCUGGUUGGUGGUUUCGGAGAGAGCACGUACGUCCAGGAGAGGCUGAGGGCUGAGAUCCCAGACAAACGUAUGAUUUUUCCUCCUGAGGCGGGUCUCGCUGUGCUGAAAGGAGCCGUCAGGUUCGGACACAACCCAGCGAUCAUUGCAUCAAGGGUUAUGAAAUACACGUACGGAGUUCAUGUGAAUAUGCUUUAUGAUGAGAAAAUUCAUAGUGAAGACAAAAAAUACUUAAGUAAAGACGGGAGUUGGCGUGUCCAUAAUUGCUUCUUUGUGUACGUUCGUGUGAAUGAGGAGAUUCCCGUUGACCACCAAAUAACCCAGGGAUACACCCCUACAUCGUAUAUCUCAACCUCACCCAUUUAUCGAACGCGAGCAAAGAACCCCGUGUACGUGACCGACCCCGGCUGUGAGCUGCUCGGGAAGCUGGUGACAGAGUUGCCCAGGGAUAUCCCUCUCUCUGAACUUGCUAACGAUACAACAUUCAUGUUUGGCGGAACGGAGCUUUUGGUGAAAAAACGUGUGAUAAAAACGGGGCAGGAGGAGAUAUUGAAACUUGACUGUUUGAAAUAAGCUACGACUGACCCGAAGAACCUGUUAUGUGUAACUGAAGAACACAAUG